AUGACGAACUCCCAUUCCGCUUCCUCCUCAGCUACGGAACAGCAAUCAAGAAAUCCGACCGAGAACUCCCCAAUAUCCCAUUCACUCAAGUUCGUUGUAUCAAAUCUCAAGACUCUAGUUCUACAUCAAUUGUCACCGGACAACUAUCCGAUCUGGCGUCAUCAGGUUCUCAAGCUCCUUCGGGCAAAUGACUUCGAGCAGUUCUUGGCACCGCCCACGCAUUCCGGUAAUGCCUCCGAUUCCGAUAUUGAUCCCGUCAUCAAGAAUUGGAAGAUCACCGAUCAGAACCUUCAAGCUGCGGUUUGCUCUACGAUAUCUUCGGCGGUGCUACCCUACAUCAUCCAUCUCGACACAACUCACGAAAUCUGGCAAGCACUAGAAAGUCAAUUUCAAGCCACUAGCCGCUCCAAAGUCAUUCAGCUCUGCAAUGAAUUUCAUCACGUGUCGAUGAAAAACCUCUCCAUGACGCAAUACCUCACAGAGAUCAAGAAGCUCGUCGAUCAAAUCGCCUCCGCUGGAUCCUCCAUCGACUCCGAGGACAUCAUCUUACACAUCUUGAACGGGUUAACUCCGGCGUAUCAAUUGUUCAAGACAUACGUUCGUAACUAUCCCCUACCCCUUCGGCUUGAAAAUCUCUAUGCAAUGCUAAUAAGUGAAGAAAUUCAUGUCAAUGUCGACGCUGCCCGUCUCCAUACCGACACGAUCCAGCAAUCUGCCCUGUAUUCUAACAGGGGCCGCGGUCGUAGGAACCGCGGACGUUCGUUCAGGCACCCCAGUCGGCUUCUCGCACCGGCCAGCAGCAGUCGAUUCCUGUCUGUCAAAUUUGCCUCAAGAAAGGGCAUACGGCAGACGCAUGCUGGCACAGGAUGA